AUGAACGAAAAUUUAUUCGCUUCAUUCAUUGCCCCCACAAUCCUAGGCUUACCCGCCGCAGUAUUAAUUAUCCUACUUCCCCCUCUACUGAUCCCCACCUCCAAAUAUCUCAUCAACAACCGACUGAUUGCCACCCAACAGUGACUAAUCCAACUAACCUCAAAACAAAUAAUAACUAUACAUAACGCCAAGGGACGAACCUGAUCCCUUAUGUUAAUAUCAUUAAUUAUUUUUAUUGCCACAACCAACCUCCUCGGACUCUUGCCCCACUCAUUCACACCAACUACCCAGCUAUCUAUAAACCUGGCCAUAGCCAUCCCCCUGUGAGCAGGCGCAGUAACUACAGGCUUUCGCUCCAAGACUAAAAAUGCCCUAGCCCACCUACUACCACAAGGCACCCCUACACCCCUUAUCCCUAUACUAGUCAUCAUUGAAACCAUCAGCCUAUUCAUCCAACCAAUAGCCCUAGCUGUACGCCUAACCGCUAACAUCACUGCAGGUCACCUACUUAUGCACCUAAUCGGAAGCGCCACACUAGCAAUAUCAACUACCAAUCUUCCCUCAACACUCAUUAUCUUUACAGUCCUAAUUUUAUUAACUAUACUAGAAAUCGCUGUCGCCCUCAUCCAAGCCUACGUUUUCACACUUUUAGUGAGCCUCUACCUGCACGAGAACACAUAA